AUGGACGUCGCCACCGAGUCGCCUGUCACGGUCAUCGUCAACAGCAUCCGUGGUCAAAACAUCGCCUUUGCUACCGAGAAGAGUGCACCUCUCAGCUCCAUCUACGAAACGCUCUAUGAACGCGCACCAUGGAUUCAGAACUCAUCCUACAUCCUCACCACAAACUCGCGCCGCUCAGUCUGCCAUGAUGAAGCCCCCGUCUCAUCACUGCUCUCUUCGCCAGCCGACACAUUUCUGUCACUACGCCUGACUGUACCUCUGUGCGGUGGAAAGGGUGGUUUCGGAUCCAUCUUGCGCGCUCAGGGUGGCCGCAUGUCGUCGCGCAAGAAGAAGCAGGGUGACGUGAACGGAUCCUCUCGCAACCUUGACGGACGGCGUCUGCGGACAGUCACCGAGGCGAAGGCACUUGCCGAAUAUCUAGCUAUCAAGCCUGAGAUGGAGCGGAGAGAAAAGGAGGAGCGUCGAAAGAAAUUAGAAGACAUUGUCGCCAGCACCGAGCGCAAGCAGGAGGAGUUGCAACACAGCAGGGGCACAGCACGUCUAGAUGGACAGUGGGUGGAGAACAAAGAGGAGGCCGAAAACAAGACCCGCGAGGCUAUUGAGAAGAUGCUGAUGGCACAGAGAGAGAGCUCAGAAGAGGAAGAGGAAGUAGAGGCUCAGCCAGCCGCUUCGGCAUCAAAGCCUGUUCAGCAGCGGACCAUGUUUGGCUGGGACGACGAGGAUGAUGAGUUUAUGAGCGAUAGUGAAGACGACGAUGUUUCUGAAGAGGAUGCGAAGCCCGUUGUCGAGGGCAAAGGAAAAGGUAGGGCUGUCUGA